GUGCCCGCUCUUCCGGCGCGGGAUCCCGCCGCCGCUGCUCCGUAAGCAGUUUCCUACUGUUGCGAUGGGACGGUGUUGGAUAAGACGCCUAACGUUUGCGGUGCAGUAUCGGCAAAUGUACUGUUUCAGCUGUUCUGGACUCGCAACCAGAAACGAACCAGAUGGUACCGACCAACAAACACCAAGACGCACCAAUUGGAAUUUAGGACGAGCCUUUAUUCCUGGCCAGGGACUGACUGAGAGCCUCCACUCGGGGAAGGAUCAGACCAGUGCCCAUCCAGGGACGAGAGCAUGCUGUGACUUCGGUCUCUUACCAUUGAUGUGUGAUGUCCCAGCAAAUGGCAGUGUUCUCUGUGGUGCUGAGAAGACACCCUGGGGCGCUGGCAGUGCUCUGGCAGCGGUGCAGACCAGGUUUGCACGCAGCUGGGUAGACUGAGCAGGAGCGAUGCCCCCAGGCCGGUGGUACGAGGUCCCUGCAGUGCAGGCCCCAGCUCCCAGGGAGCGAGGGCGCCUUCUGACGGUGAAGAAAGAGGAGGAGGACAAAGGCUAUGCCUCGGUGCAGACUGCCAGGCCGCAGACACUCAACCGCCCCGGCCAAGAGCUCUUCCGCCAGCUCUUCCGCCAGCUUCGCUACCACGAGUCUUCCAGCGCCCUGGAGACGCUGAGCCGGCUCCGGGAGCUCUGCCGCUGGUGGCUGAGGCCGGACGUUCUCUCCAAGGCCCAGAUCCUGGAGCUGCUGGUGCUAGAGCAGUUCCUAAGCAUCCUGCCGGGGGAGCUCCGGACCUGGGUGCAGCUCCAUCACCCUGAGAGUGGUGAGGAGGCCGUGGUGGUACUGGAGGAGCUGCAGCAGGAUUUGGAGGGCUUGCCACGAAGGGACCCAGGCCUUGACCCGAGCCCGGAUGUACACUGGAUGGGCACUGCGGCCCUGCAGUCCUCGCAGACCUGGCCCUCUGUGUCACCGCUCCGGAGCAGCUCUGCUCCCGGACACCCGCUGGAGCCCCCCUGCGCAGUAGGAGUGGGUGACAUCCUGGCUGGGCCACCCGAUCCUCCUGCCGCCCUGGCACCUUCCCUCUCCCAGAGCGAGGCGACCCCAGGAGCCUGGACUGCAGCUACACGGUCCCCGAUGCCAGAGCCACAGGAGGCCACAGCUUUCAAGGACGUGGAGGUGACCUUCUCCCAGGACGAGUGGGGGUGCCUGGACUCGGCCCAGAGGAAUCUCUACAGGGAUGUGAUGCUCGAGAACUACGGGAACUCGGCAUCUCUGGCGGGGUCCUUCCCCAAACCUGCCCUGAUCUCUUGGUUGGAAGCAAGGGGGCCCUGGGGGCUGAAUGUGCAGACGGCUCGGCCUAAGAGGCUUCUGGAUUCUACCCCUACAGGAGCUGAGCUCCAGAUUAAGACAAACAAAUUCGUCCUAAAGCAAGAACCUGUGGAGGAUGCAGGAGGCAUUGCUGUGGUGUCCAGAUGCCCUGUGGCAAGUGCUCCAGAGGGAGAGGAGCGCAGAGAACCCUCCGAGCAGCAGAGCUGGCUAAUGAAGCCCUGUGUGAGAUUCAAGAAGGAAGAGUCUGAUUUCAGCCCCAGGGUAGAGAAAGAAUCUGAAGCGUCAGGAGGAAGUGACUCUCUUGACAUAAAACAUGUGGCAUAUUUGAGAGUUUCCAAGAAAAAGCGAUCCCUGAAACACGGCUGUGGCAGACACUUGCGGAAGAGUUCACACCACCGCGACUGUAAGAAAUGCGGGAAGGGGCUCAGACACGAGGUGGGGGGCUUUGGCCUCCACCCGAGGGCCCAUGCCGGGCUGACGGGGAGUGAAAAGGACACCCGUGGAAAGGCCUUCGGCCUCGGCGCUGCUCACCAGCACGAGCAGGGUCUGCACACAGCAGGGACGUUGUACAGGUGCCGGGACUGCGGGAGGACCUUCAAACGGAGCUCCCACCUCGAGUAUCACCAGAGAAUUCACAGCCAGGAGAAGCCGUUUAAGUGCAGGGUGUGUGAGAAAGCCUUCAGGUGGAGCUCCAACUGCAUCCGGCAUGAGAAGAUUCACACUGGUGUGAAGCCGUACAAGUGCGGUGCGUGUGAGAAGGCUUUCCAGCGCCUGUCAGCCUACCGUCUGCACCAGGAAACCCAUGCCAAGCAGAAAGUGGAGCUGGACCAGUAUGAAGAGGUCCUCACCUACAACUCAGAGCUGGAUCCGCAUUUGAGAGACCAGAGUGGGGAGAAGCCCUUUGACUGCAGCCAGUGUAGGAAAUCCUUCCACUGUAAGUCCUACGUCCUUGAGCAUCAGAGGAUCCACACGCAGGAGAAGCCUUACAAAUGUGCCAGCUGCAGGAAGACCUUCCGGUGGAGGUCCAACUUCACCCGUCACGUGAGGCUGCACCAGGAACAGGAGUUCUGUGCACCAGAUCCCUGUCCAGACAGCGGCAGCCCGAAGGACUUCUGUCAGCCGCAGGGGCCCCCUGUCGUGGAGAACACUUUCCUGUGUCAGCAGUGUGGGAAGACUUUCACUCAAAAGAAAACCCUCAUUGAGCACCAGAGAAUCCACACGGGCAAGACCCCGUACCAGUGUAGCGAGUGUGGGAAAGGGUUCACCUACAGGUCAGCCUUCAUUGUUCACAAGAAGAAGCACGCCAUUAAAAGGAAACCCGAGGGCAGGCCGACUUUCAGUCAGGACGUUGUGUUCCAAGUUCCACAGAGCAGCCAUGUCCCGGAGGAGCCCCACAAGUGCAGCCAGUGUGGCAAGGCCUUCCGCAAUCACUCCUUCCUUCUUAUCCACCAGAGAAUCCACACCAGAGAGAAGCCGUACAAGUGCAGGGAGUGCGGCAAGGCCUUCAGGUGGAGCUCCAACCUCUACCGACACCAGAGGCGGCACUCUCUGCACCGACAGUGCGAGCACCGUCAGAGUGACGAGCCUCCCAGCCUGUCGCCGAAGGCCCUCACUGACCAGAAACCUUUCUGGUGCCAAGAAUGUGGGAAGACCUUCACCCGUAAAAGGAGUCUCUUAGACCAUAAGGGCAUCCACAGUGGAGAGAAGCGCUAUAAAUGCAACGUGUGUGGGAAGUCUUACGACAGAAAUUACCGUCUUGUUAAUCAUCAGAGAGUCCACGCUUCAGAGAGGCCUUUUAAAUGGGUGGGGAAAGAGUUCCUGGGGAGACACGCGCUUUCCAUUCACCAGAGAAAACACCCCCGAGUAACACAGGCAGAGUGCGGCUCAUCUGGGCUGUCAUCCUUUCCGCACACCGGGCUGGGUGCACAGGAGUUAACACCAGCGGAAACAAAGCCCCUGGAGGAAGGCGAGGAGCCCUGUGACCAGCGCGCUGCGUUCGCGGGACUCCAGGACAGGCCUGCUGGCAAGAAGUGCCACAAGUGUAGCACGUGCGGGAAAGCUUUCAGCAAGGGUUCGCUGCUCCUCAACCAUAAGCGCUUCCACACUCGAGAGAGGCCCUUCAAGUGCAGAGUGUGUGGGAAGACCUUCAGGUGGUCUUCCAACCUGGCUCGGCACAUGAAAAACCAUAUUUGAGCGUAGCCUGGGACCUGCUGCGGAUGGUGGGGGUGGUGGGGAGGGCGGUGGUCCUGGCCACCUGGCUGGGGAGCCCUCGGCUAGGCGGUGUGGGAAACCUUCACAAAGGGCCCAGCCCUUGCGGUUUCAGAAGCGAAUGGCAGGCAAUCGUGAGAAUCUCCAGGCUCAGGGAGUUGCCGCGCCCACCUGCCAGUAAGUGGUAGGGGGAACAGCAGCAGCGGUUCUUGGGGGCCUUGUAGAGGCCCAGGGCUCCCCGGCCAGGUGUUCUGUAUCAGCUAGGGAACGACCUGUACCCUCUGUGACUGGACAGAGUGAGGGCUGGUGGAGCCUCAGUUGCUCUCGGGUCUGGCUGUGAUGGUGCCUGUUGUGUUGUCGUUGAAAGCAGGUGUUGGGAACUAGUCCUCCCCCGAGGUCUCCUGAGGCCUUCUGGCUGGCUCCCAGCUGUCUGCUGAAGGCCCCCCUCGUCUCUGCAGCUGGGGAGCUUCCCUCAGGACCCUUCCAGGAGGUGGUCUGAGUGGGAAUUACAGUGUGCAAGGCUUAACCGCUGACCCCGGGCUCGGGGAAAAUGCUAAGGCCAAGAGGUUUCUCGUGGUCAGCGCUGCGGCCAGUUCUCUGAGUAGAGUCCUGCACUGUGGUGUCUCAGCUUUUCUGUUGGCUUCCAGCCCGGCAUGGCCAUGGCCGCAGUGCUGCGCUUAGGUCCGCCUCUUCUGCCCGCUGCGGGUCUCCCCUCUGCAGCCCUCCUGCUUGCGGGUCCGGUGCUGGUGUCGGGCUCGGCCCAGAAGUGCUGUGCACUGCGGGCUGCCCUCGGAGCGGGGCUGGUGCGCAGGGCGCCCUCACUUGCCCACCCACUUGUGUGGAAGCAGAAAAGGUCACCGUGGUGGUGCAGAGGACUGACGUUUCUGAAGUGCGUGUGAGCGUUGCUUUUGAAUGACUGAGGGCUUGGGGCCCGGGUGUAAGGCUGCGGUGCCUCGGCAGUGUGGCAGAUCUCAUCAGCUCACGGCUGAGCUGCCUGCCAAGCAGGGGCGCGCUCCCGGAGGGGAAGAAACCAGCCCGGCAGCAUCCUGGGGUGGCUUGCUCAGUCCUCUGCCCGCUCAGCACUGCCGUGGGCCGGUGGGCGCGAAGGCGGUGCCAUCGGUGGCGGCAGGAGCACGGAUGGCGGAUGGCCGGAGCAGGUGUCUUCUCUUGGCGUGCUGCUGUGUUUUCACCUGUGUCACCUCAGGUGGCCCUGCCAUGCUCCUGCCUUUCUGCAGUGGAAUUGAGUGUCCCAUCACUGGAGCGGUGUCCUGAGUUCUGCGUGCUUUCGGCCAGGUCACGUUAAGAGCCUUGGAGUCAUCACGCCUGGGCUCCAGACUCUGGGCUCGUUGGCCUUUUCCGAGCCCGUGACCUUGGGGAGCUGGCAGACCCUGCAGUGGCCUCUCCCGGUGUGUGGUGCAGCCGGCUGCCCUGCUGACUCCGGCACUGGAGGGCGUGGCUCGCCGAGGCUGUGGGUUGGGCGCUUGGGUUCUCGGGCCAGCGUUCUCCCAGCAGUGUUCCGGACCGUCAGCUGCGCCCCAGCCCUGGGAGUAGCCUCUUGUGUCUCAAGUUUCAUUCCCCAGCUCCUGUGCUACCUGGUUCCUCAUGAAGUUCCGGUCCCAACAGGUGUUUUUACUGCCAUUUUUAUAGAAUGAGAUCUUAUUUUUCUACAUUCCAGUUAGAUUUUAAAAUACACAAAGAAUGAAGUCAAAACCAACAGAUCCUUUUAUACUGAAGUAUUCCUGUUCUAGGAUUGUGCUGCUGUCUGGUCAGUACAUCUUAGUUCUGUAAGUGAUAGUAUUAUAGAAAUGUUAAUGGACUCCUGACCUUGGGCAUAACGACUGAACAUUUUGGUGUAACCAGUAUUGGCUUUGACUUCACCCCUACCCCGCCCACCCUGCCCCUUAGAUUGUCCUGCCCUCGCCAUCUCUCCUCCCACAGUGCCACCCCUCUGCUCUGGCCCAGGCCUUCACUCUCACAGCUGUGCCCAUGCCCGGCCCUCACCCGAAAACCUGCUUCCCAGCCCCCCUCUUCGGGGCCAUGUCCUGCCUCGUGACUUGUGCUCGGGUUUCUAGCUAAUGCUUGUCACUGCAGCAUGGCCAUGCACUCUGAGCUGGGGUUGGGCACUUCCGUGCAGAGCAGAUUAUAUAUAACUUGUCUCUCUAAAGAACUUGAGAACUGAAUUACUUCAGCCACGGUGGGGAUGGAAUGCUUUGACGUGCCCCCAGAUGUCACGUUGGCCACCCUGCUGGUUAGAGGCCUGCUGUGGACUGUUUUGAGCUGUAGGACUCCAGUUGACACCAUCUGGUUAUCUCACCGGGGCACACACUCGGCCUGGGGAGCACGCAGGCUGCUUCCGGCCUGGCCUGCCUUCUCUCCGCUCCUGGGAGAACCGAGGCUGGGGAUGGGGACAGCCAGAUGGGCAGGGGCCAUCCCAGCGCGGGGUGGGUGUUACCUGUGCGGCACGCUCAGCCCCUCCCUGACAGAUGGUCAGAUCAGGCAGAGAUACUUGCAGAGGAGAAGGCAGGAGAAACGCAGAAUGAGAGUGUCAAACACAAGUCAGUAAAUUCUUGAAAGCCAGAGUGUGCCUGGCUAAGUGUGUACAACAACUGGAAUUCACACUGCUUUGUGAGUGGCAGUUGUGACAGCUGCUGUGCCAAGCAGUUUACACCGGCGUGUGCAGUUGUGAGUGCUCUGCUGGCAGGUCCCCUCCUGGACACCGAGGUGGAUGCCGUGUGAGGAAAGAGCUCCUCGUUGUAGCGCUGUCCAGGCGGCGGGUUGGGAGAAGUGCAUGCCAUCAUCAGAAGAACCGGCAAACAGGUGGUGUUUUGUUUUGUCUUUUGGUACUUCAGGAAGUGAACUAGAGUUACAGCUUUCAAUAGAGAAAGCUGCAGAAGGUGAACAGUGCUAGUCGCCUAAAGUUAAGCAUCUGUGUGUCCUUGGGCAUACGGCUUCUGCUGAUUGGUGUUUCCCUUUUACUGUAAAUGGGGUAGUAGCACCCGCCUCACAGGGGGAGGGGUAAUUAAUGAAAUAAUGCAUGUACGGUGCUUAGAGUAGUGUCUGCGAUGUACAUGUUCUUGGUAUAUAGAAGACAGUGUUACUGUUUUGCACAACAUAUUUUCUGUGGAUUAAUGAGAAUGUAGAGUCAUGAAUUGGAAUGAUGUAAGAAAGUUGCUGCUCUGCCUCCCAGGUUAGGAGAGGCCGAUGGAAUCGCAGAGGGUUUAUGGGACUUCACUUGUUUCUUUGCUCAUUCUCUCUCUCUCUCUCUCUCUCUCUGUCUCUUUCUCACCAGAAUGCUAAGAUUUAACAUGUUAAUGUGGGUUCUUUUUAACUCCUUCAAAAUAUAUCAAAAUAAAGAAUUUUAAAAGAUGCA